CGUACGAUCAGCGAAAACUAAAACAAGUUGAGAUAAAUUGAAAGUUAUGACUGGAAACCAUUUACGGAAGUGCCUAACUUUCUCAAGAUAUUGUUUUUUAAGACAGAACAGAACAAAGGUUCAUUUAAUUCCAAUUACUAGGACUCUGGCAACGAAGAACCAAGAAGAAAACGAUGACAGGAUGUAUGUAGAUGGAAAUGGUCAGCUGAGAGUGCGCAAACUGGAGUAUGAUGAACUAUACCCAGGACACAUUCCAACAACUAAUCUACAGAAAGUGCUUCUAUCUAUUGGCUCAGCAGGAAUGUCCCUUCUGGAUCCAGGCAGAGAUGAUAUGAUUGCCACACUUGGUGAAACUACAGGAACAUGGGCUCUUCGUUCCAUCAAACAGAAAAUGGAGGCUGAUCCAACUGGUCAAAGGAUUCUUCGGGAACAGCCAGUCAUUAAUACAAAUACAGUGUCCAUUGACUACCUUGGGAGUUUGCCUGAAGGUACAUUUGGAAAAAAAUACUGGCAUUUCCUAAGCAAAAAUGGUUUUUCUCCAGAUGCUAGAUUACCAAUUCAUUUUGUGGAUGACCCAGAACUGAAGUAUGUCAUGUUAAGAUAUCGACAGGUCCAUGACCUUUUCCACUCGAUUCUAGGGAUGCCCCCUCAUAUGCUGGGAGAAGUGGCAGUCAAAUGGGUGGAAGCCCUACAAACUGGGCUGCCAAUGUGUGUUCUGGGCGCUUUGUUUGGACCUCUCAGAUUAGGGCCAAAACACACAAAGAAAUAUCUUGAUACUUAUCUCCCCUGGGCAAUAAGAAAUGGACAGAAUGCCAAGUUUCUGAUGGCUGUUUACUGGGAAGAGCACUGGGAGGAUAAUCUAGAGGAACUCAGACAACAGCUAAAUAUAGAACCUCCUCCAAUAACUGCCACAAACAAUCCUUAAGUAUGCCCCCCAUGUUAUGAAAUAGAUUUCUGCAGUUCCAAUUGACAGCCACAGCCAACAGUAAAAUUGUUCACAUUAACAAAUCAUGGACUGAUGAAACAGAAAGGAGUAAAAUAUCAUAUUGACUAUUGUCUUAUUGGUGUGCAACAAUUUACAAUCCAUAGAUAUGGAUGAAAGAAUACUUAUAAAGAUUUCAUUUUUUGUGAUUUUUUUAAAAUUAAUUUUCCAUGACAAUAUAAUACUAAAAAUGAUCAUGAACAGUAACAAGUUCUUAAAAAAAAUAAAUACCUUUUCCCGACUGCAGCUUUUGUAAAGGACAACAUUGGAAUCAAGUCAGAUGUUUUUACCCUCAUUUAACUGUACCAUUAUGAAGGGCAGGCAUUUAUACAAAAUUAUCUUAUAAAACCUCAAGUAAUUCAUAAAGCUGUAACUUCAGGCUGUUUUGAGAUUUAUUCAUUUUGGUAUGCCUAAAUUGCAGAAAGUAUUUUUCUGUAUUUAAUUUCAUAAAAAAUAAAAAACAAAUUAUUUCUCCUGUAUAGAUUAAUCAUAUGCAAGAUAUCAAUAAUUUGUUUGUUUAUUUGUUUUUAAUCAUUUACUGAAAGCUAUCUUCUAGAUUGAAGGAAUUUAAGAGCUAUGUCUUUCAGCAGUGGGAGAUAUAUCCAAGUAAGAUAUUCAUUCUUAUCAAUUCCCUCAUAUUUACUUCAUAUUCUGAAAUCCUAUCUAAAAAUUAAGGACAUGUGAGCCUUAUAUACAUACAGGUACCUUGAAAUAUGUAUAUCCUUGGAUGAAUAUUGUUACAAACACACCUGCUCCUAUGAUGUCCUCCAAUAGGUAUAUGAGUAAAUGAAUACCAAGCUUUAA